AUGGCCAACUACAAAGGGCCCCAGUCGUCGGGUUUGAUGGCGGGCUACCGGCAGCCUGCGCCAGGCGCACCGACCAAGGGAAUGACGAGCAGGGCCAAGCCGGACGCCAUACUUGCGUCGCUGCCCGGCGAAGUCCUCGAGGUCAUCCUCGAGAUGCUCAAGGGGCUGCAUCUGGGCGGGCGGAGCGACAGCUGCGCAACGUGCUGGAUGCGCGACCUCUGCAGCCUGUCUCUUUGCUCGUCCAACCUCUCACGAGCUGCGCGCCGUUCCCUCUAUGAGGAUGUUCGCCUGGACGGACCAGACUCGGCAGCCCGCAAAAAGAGGCCCAAGACGACUCACAGAAUGGAGCUGCUGCGCCGUACCCUGCGAGCCAGCCCGGAUCUGGCAAGCCUAGUCCGGUCGCUCAAGGUGCCGCAGCCAGACGUCUUUGUUGGCGCGUCGGGCUCCAAGGCGGCGCCGUCGAUGGACAAGUACGAGGAGUCGGUGGCGGCGCUCGUCAUGGCCUGUCCAAACCUCGAGCGGCUCUUGGGCCCCGUCUUGAGCUACGACGGCCCGCUCAAGGGGCUGCUGCAUGCCCUGGCGACUCGAAGCAACCUGAGGGAUAUGCAGUGGCUCAUUGAGUCGUCGCGCGAGCCGGCUCAGCAAACUUGCAAGGGCGAGGCCCAUGGCGAGGACAUGACGCCCGCCCGUCGACGGCAGGACCAAGAUGUUCCGUUUGUCGAGCAACACAGGAACUGGACGAGGCUGUGCAGCCUGGCGAUUCACUGCGUGCCCGGAGCGAUGUUGACGCCCGACAACUUGCUCACGACGACGCUCGCUGCCCUGCCCGCUCUGCAACAUCUACACCUGUCCGGCCUUCCCGCCAAUGUCUUCAACGACGUCACCCUUCUUUCCCUUCCGCGGCUCAGGACCCUGUCUCUCACCAACCUCCCCGGCAUCAGCUCAAACGGCCUCUCGUCCUUUGCCACCCGGCCCAACAGCACGUCCCUCCGGAAGCUCCACCUCCGCCACACGCCGCUCACCUCGCUGCCGACCGUGGCUCGGAUCCUCGCCCACCUGGCCUCUCUCGUCACCUUUUCCCUUGUGCAGUCCUUUGCGCCGCUGAUGCCCGAGACGGACUCGUUUGUCCUGUGUAUGAUGCCCUACCUCGCCUCGGCAAGCGUCACCAAGCUGCACUGGGCCAUUACGAGUCCGGCGGACGGUGCCAACGCUGCGGAUCGCAUCCUGGCGAGGAGCAUCGAGGCGGGCGGGUUCCCGGCCCUGAGGACGCUGCGGGCGCCCAACGACCCGUCAGGCGUGUUCCAGGCGUUGUGCCGACCGGUCGAGAGGGCCGACUUGCCCAACGACCGUUUCCGCGGCCUCGCCAUGUCUCGGGCCUCGCCCGACAGCGCGCCCACUUCGCCAACCCGGCACUUCCUGGCCAAGUCUCCGACGGCGAGCUCGCUCCCGACCAUGACGUCCACGGCGCCGCCCACCUGCACCAACCUGCUCAUGGCCCGCCUCGCCGCGCAGUCCCGCAUCGAGAAUGCCCGGGACGCCCAUCGGUUCCGGGUCCAGGUGGAGGACGAGGACGGGCGGGUGGUGGAGGCGUUCGGCAUGGGCGGAUACGUGGGCACCGUGGGCAGCAACAUCGACUACUGCCUCGUGCCCGACGCCGGGUCCGCAGACGACAAGGGCGGCCUGGUCGACAUGGCGGACGUGCUUGCCGAGGACGGGGAGGGCGCCGCCGGGGCGCGAGACGGCUGCGACGGGAGCUGGAACUGGAGAGGCGGCGCGGCGGGGGACAGGAGGAAUAGGGAGCGGUGGUGGCACACCAAGCGGGGGCGCUGGACGAGGGUCAGUCUCGACUGA